AUGAUCGGAACAUCUCCUGCUGAGUACUUCUUCAUGCGCAUUUGCAUCCUGUUUCUUCACAACAUUGCGCCAAUCAGUGCUUUGUACUGCAUUCAGUUACUCCUUGCUCAAUUCUUUCAUCUACCGACUUAUGUCGAAAUCAUACCCUACCCAAUUCAAAUCUGGCUCACUGCAGAGGCAAUCUUUUUCACGGCUGUAUUCGUACCCGUUAAAUACGCUCUCGACCGCUCGCCUAUAUACCACAGACGCGAUAACGUGAAAGACUUUAUCAGAUGGGCGUUCUUCACACCUGGAUAUGUGCAGGAGCGGGACCAGCAGAACGAGGGGGAAGUCGAGACCUAUGUAACCGAAAUUGAGAAGCUGACUGGACGAGAACUGCCACCGGGAAGAAUGGACGUUAAAAGCCUUGGACAGCUUCUAAAUGAAGCGGGCGGUUCACAUAGGAGUCUAUUAUGGUACACUUGCAUCUUUGUGGUUGACACAAUGAUGUAUUGCAAGAUGUUAUACAGUGGGUUUCACUUUCAUCGCAACUCCCUCUCGCGAUUCUUUACCGUCUUUCCAUUUCGCCCUCCCACGAUACUCACGACCUACCGAUCACCGGCGCGGCACCUCACAUAUUGGCAUCGACGGCAUACAUCCAGGACCCGGCUACCCGUACUAUUCAUACAUGGUAUCGGAGUUGGGCUGUACCCUUAUACGAGCUUCCUCCGGGACCUCGAUAAAGAGCUAGAGAGGGGAGCAACCGACGAUAAUGAGGUUGGCAUCAUCGCACUUGAGAUCAUGCCGAUAAGCUCCCGAAUAACCCAUCCGGCUCUGGAAAAAGAUGUGAUGAUACAUGAGAUCAUGGAGAUUAUACGGUAUCAUGGGUGGAGCCGCUUCGUGCUCGUGUCUCAUUCUUAUGGCUCCAUAAUCGCCGCAAACCUCCUUAAAUCCGACCAGUCUGCUCCGCUAAUCGGACCAAUGGUCUUUAUCGAUCCAGUAUCAUUCCUCCUCCACCUGCCUGACGUGGCAUACAAUUUCAUAGCCCGACGGCCAGCACGGGCGAACGAAUACCAGCUAUGGUAUUUCGGAAGUAAAGACAUUGGAGUUGCGCAUGCGUUGGCAAGGAGAUUUUCUUGGGUUGACAACAUCAUUUGGAAGGAGGACCUCAGGAUAAAGGGCGACAAUAAUCAAGAGGAGGACAGAAACGUUACAGUUGUUUUAAGUGGUAAGGAUUUGAUUGUGGAUGCCGAAACGGUGGGGCAGUACUUGAUGGGUUCGUCCUCAGGAGCCUGGACAGUUGACAAAGACGCAGCACAAGCAUGGAAAAACAGGCCCUGGGUUGGACACGGACUUGAGCUGCUGUGGUAUGAACAGUUGGAUCAUGCUCAGGUUUUUGAUUUUGAGAAUACUAGGGGGCCAGUGAUUAGGGCGGUCUCUGUGUAUUCAAAUGCGAUCUAA